UUCAUUCCCCAGUUGGCCGAAACUGCCGGAGCUGCGCUGAUCCAAAGCCAGGAGCCAGGAGCUUCUUCCGGGUCUCCCACGCAGGAGUAGGGGCCCAAGGACUUGGACCAUCUUCUGCUUUCCCAGGCCAUAGCAGAGAGCUGGAUCAGAAGUGGAGCAGCUGGGACUCGAACCGGCACCCAUAUGGGAUGCCUGCACUGCAGGCAGCAGCCUUACUGACUAUGCCACAGUGCCGGCACCUCCUUUUGAUAAAUCGAACAUUUUUUUUUCCUUCCUGUGAAGUGUCUCAGUUCAUCAGUCAAUUCCCCUUCCAUGCUAUUUUGUAAUUCCAAUCUACAUUGCUAAAGAAAGCCUUCAAUUACCCGGAGUAAAUCCAGAAUACAAAAUUACUUCGGUUUCGCAGUCUUCACAGCUGUGUGAGUGAAGAAAUGGAUUUUCAUCGACCCUCGCAGAGUUCCUCUGUCGCAGACAAUGCUCACUGACAGAUCAAUUAGUUACACUUUUAGUUUGUUUUUAAGUCAAUUUACAUUUUCCUUCUCAAUCUCCUCUUUGCUUCUGAAGGUGCCAUAGUUAAGUUUGUCACAAGCUGGUUUCGUCUGUGUCAUUUAAAAUCAGGUGACUGCAGAUUUGAACCCAAUCUCUUUUUCUGUAGGAGUUACGAGCUAUGUCAACAGAUGGUCAGUGUUUCAUUUGCCUUACGGGUGUACAGUUUCUCACUGCCUAUUGGCUUCCAGUGGGGAUUCUCGGCUGCUGCUCUUGUCUGCAAGAAUACAAGCUGGUUAAAACUGUCUGUGCUCGUGGCCAGGAGCCCCGAGGUUCCCGGAGCACAGUUUAUCUCCCACCCUGUGUUAUCUUUGCUCUUACAUUUCUGCGGUCACAUUUCCGCAGCCCCAGCCAGUGAGACGCGUGGGGUCGCGCAUGGGUUCAGUAUGCUUGGACUGUUUAUGAACAGCCGUGAGGGUCGGGCUCAUGUUCCUGGAGUGCUUUGAGCAGCUUUACUAAUCCGUCAGCAUAGUAUGUUCUUGUGGAUAAAUAUAGACAUACGGGCACUCUGCGAGUUGUAGGUCACUGUCUUACUGUGCAGCUAAAAAUUGUCGCCUGGGUUUGAACGGUCUGCCCUGGGCGGAAGGCCUGCUUUAGUGUGUCUUCUACUGUAGCUCUUUCGCACCUGACUAAAAAUACACCUUGGGCCAAAAAUACAAGAGCCCAACCUUGUGGCCGAGACACUUAUGGUGGCAGUGAGCGGCAGGACCAUGGAGCCCGUCAUUAUGUUCUUCUGCUUUGGCACCUAGUCUGUGUAAGCUGUCCCAGACGCUUAGUUUGGGUUUCUGUUCAGGCCCAUGGAGAUUACGACAGCUUGUUGGAGACGAUCCUGUGUGAUCAGCUUCAUCAAAGGGCUCGCUUCUCCAGUUGGCAACGGUUAUAUCAAGCCGCCAGUUCCACCUGCUUCUGGCACACACAAGGAGAAAGGGCCGCCAACCAUGUUACCCAUCAGCGUGGACCCAGACAGCAAACCAGGAGAAUAUGUCCUCAAGAGCUUAUUCGUCAACUUCACCACUCAGGCUGAGCGCAAGAUUCGCAUCAUUAUGGCAGAGCCCCUGGAAAAGCCUUUGACAAAAUCUCUACAACGUGGAGAAGACCCCCAAUUUGAUCAAGUCAUCAGCUCCAUGAGCUCCCUGGCCGAGUACUGCCUGCCUUCCAUUCUACGGACGUUAUUUGACUGGUAUAAAAGGCAGAAUGGCAUUGAGGAUGAAUCACAUGAAUACAGACCAAGAACAAGCAAUAAAUCUAAAAGUGAUGAACAGCAGCGAGAUUAUUUAAUGGAAAGACGGGACCUCGCCAUUGAUUUCAUUUUUUCUUUAGUUUUAAUAGAAGUUUUGAAACAGAUUCCACUUCAUCCCGUCAUAGACAGUUUAAUACAUGAUGUUAUUAACUUGGCUUUCAAGCACUUCAAAUACAAAGAAGGGUACCUUGGUCCAAACACUGGCAACAUGCACAUCGUGGCCGACCUGUAUGCAGAAGUCAUUGGAGUGCUGGCACAAGCAAAAUUCCCGGCUGUAAAGAAGAAAUUUAUGGCAGAACUAAAAGAAUUACGGCACAAAGAGCAGAGUCCUUACGUGGUUCAAAGCAUUAUCAGCUUGAUCAUGGGGAUGAAAUUUUUUCGAAUUAAGAUGUAUCCAGUGGAGGACUUUGAGGCCUCUCUCCAGUUCAUGCAGGAAUGUGCACAUUACUUCCUAGAGGUCAAAGACAAAGACAUCAAGCAUGCCUUGGCUGGGCUUUUUGUUGAGAUCCUUGUCCCAGUUGCUGCUGCUGUUAAAAAUGAAGUAAAUGUUCCUUGCCUUAGAAACUUUGUGGAAAGUCUGUAUGAUACCACGCUGGAGCUUUCUUCUCGAAAGAAGCAUUCCUUGGCCUUGUACCCCCUGGUGACCUGUCUGCUCUGUGUCAGUCAGAAGCAGCUCUUCCUGAACAGGUGGCACGUUUUCCUCAACAACUGCUUAUCCAACCUCAAGAAUAAAGACCCCAAGAUGGCUCGAGUAGCCCUGGAAUCCCUCUACAGAUUACUCUGGGUUUACAUGAUUCGGAUCAAAUGUGAAAGCAACACAGCUACUCAGAGCCGACUUAUAACCAUCAUCACAACACUUUUCCCCAAAGGGUCUCGCGGUGUGGUGCCAAGGGACAUGCCUCUGAACAUCUUUGUGAAAAUCAUCCAGUUCAUAGCCCAGGAACGUUUAGAUUUUGCAAUGAAAGAAAUCAUUUUUGAUUUUCUUUGUGUGGGAAAACCAGCCAAGGCUUUCAGUCUCAAUCCCGAGAGAAUGAACAUUGGUUUGCGGGCAUUCUUGGUAAUAGCGGAUAGCUUGCAGCAGAAAGAUGGUGAACCUCCCAUGCCGGUGACUGGAGCUGUUCUCCCUUCCGGAAACACAUUGAGAGUAAAGAAAACAUAUUUGAGCAAAACGCUAACUGAAGAGGAAGCCAAAAUGAUAGGCAUGUCUUUAUAUUACUCUCAAGUACGAAAAGCUGUGGACAACAUUUUAAGGCACCUUGAUAAAGAAGUGGGAAGAUGUAUGAUGCUAACUAAUGUUCAGAUGUUAAACAAGGAGCCCGAAGACAUGAUCACGGGUGAGAGAAAGCCCAAAAUAGAUCUUUUCAGGACCUGUGUUGCUGCUAUUCCUCGACUGCUCCCUGAUGGGAUGUCAAAACUUGAACUUAUUGACUUGCUGGCUAGGCUCUCCAUUCAUAUGGAUGACGAACUGCGACAUAUUGCGCAGAAUUCUCUUCAGGGUUUACUGGUCGACUUCUCAGACUGGAGAGAAGAUGUACUGUUUGGCUUUACCAACUUCCUGCUCCGAGAGGUCAGCGACAUGCAUCACACCCUCCUAGACUCGUCCCUGAAGUUACUGCUGCAGCUCCUCACCCAAUGGAAACUGGUCAUACAAACUCAAGGGAAGGUCUACGAACAAGCCAACAAAAUCCGAAAUGCAGAGCUAAUCUCCAAUGGCUCCAGCCACAGAACUCAGUCGGAGCGAGGCCCUCACUGCAGCGUCCUCCACGCCGUGGAAGGGUUUGCCCUGGUUUUGCUCUGCAGCUUCCAGGUGGCCACGCGCAAACUGUCUGUCUUAAUACUCAAGGAGAUUCGAGCUUUGUUUGUUGCCCUGGGUCAGCCUGAGGAUGACGACAGGCCUAUGAUUGAUGUCAUGGAUCAACUAAGCUCUUCCAUUCUCGAAAGCUUUAUUCACGUAGCAGUUUCGGAUUCAGCAACCUUGCCCUUGACCCACAACGUGGAUCUGCAGUGGUUGGUGGAAUGGAACGCGGUCCUGGUCAAUAGCCACUACGAUGUCAAGAGCCCGUCCCACGUCUGGAUUUUUGCACAGUCUGUCAAAGACCCAUGGGUGCUCUGCCUCUUCAGCUUCCUGCGGCAGGAGAACCUGCCCAAGCAUUGCCCCACGGCCCUCAGCUACGCGUGGCCUUACGCCUUCACUCGGCUCCAGUCGGUGAUGCCACUAGUGGACCCCAAUAGCCCCAUUAACGCCAAGAAAACCAGCACUGCCAGCAGCGGAGACAACUACGUUACCCUGUGGAGAAAUUACCUGAUUCUGUGUUUUGGAGUUGCAAAACCUAGCAUCAUGAGCCCAGGACACUUAAGGGCUUCCACUCCGGAAAUAAUGGCAACCACCCCUGAUGGUACAGUGAGCUACGAUAACAAGGCCAUAGGCACCCCAUCGGUGGGAGUUCUCCUAAAGCAGCUGGUGCCUUUGAUGAGACUAGAGAGCAUUGAGAUCACAGAGUCCUUAGUCUUAGGAUUUGGAAGAACAAAUUGCCUUGUUUUCAGAGAAUUGGUGGAAGAACUUCAUCCAUUAAUGAAAGAAGCUCUGGAACGAAGACCAGAGAACAAGAAACGCCGAGAACGACGAGACUUACUGAGGCUCCAACUACUUCGAAUUUUUGAACUUCUGGCUGACGCUGGUGUAAUAAGUGACAGCACAAAUGGAGCCUUAGAACGGGAUACGCUAGCCCUGGGAGCUUUGUUCUUAGAAUAUGUGGACUUGACCCGCAUGCUGUUAGAAGCUGAAAAUGACAAAGAAGUUGAAAUUCUUAAAGAUAUCCGGGCACAUUUCAGUGCUAUGGUCGCCAACUUGAUCCAGUGUGUCCCAGUUCACCACCGAAGGUUUCUCUUCCCCCAGCAAAGCCUGCGGCACCACCUCUUCAUCUUGUUCAGCCAGUGGGCGGGACCCUUCAGCAUUAUGUUCACUCCUCUGGAUCGCUACAGUGACAGAAAUCAUCAGAUUACAAGAUACCAGUAUUGUGCAUUAAAAGCGAUGUCGGCAGUGUUGUGUUGCGGCCCUGUUUUUGACAAUGUGGGCCUCUCUCCAGAUGGCUACCUCUAUAAGUGGCUUGACAACAUUCUCGCUUGUCAAGAUUUACGAGUUCACCAACUCGGCUGUGAAGUUGUUGUCUUGCUAUUGGAACUCAAUCCUGACCAAAUAAAUCUUUUCAAUUGGGCAAUUGACCGAUGCUACACAGGCUCCUACCAACUUGCAUCUGGCUGCUUCAAAGCCAUAGCAACUGUGUGUGGAAGCAGGAACUAUCCUUUCGACAUAGUGACGCUAUUAAACCUUGUUCUAUUCAAGGCUUCUGACACCAACAGAGAGAUUUAUGAAAUCUCCAUGCAGCUCAUGCAGAUCCUUGAGGCAAAGCUUUUUGUAUACUCGAAGAAAGUCGCCGAGCAGAGGCCUGGCAGCAUUCUGUAUGGGACCCACGGCCCGUUACCACCCCUCUACAGUGUGUCCCUCGCCCUCCUGUCGUGUGAACUGGCCAGGAUGUACCCUGAACUCACCCUUCCACUUUUCUCAGAGGUGAGCCAGCGAUUCCCCACAACGCACCCAAAUGGGCGUCAGACCAUGCUCACCUACCUGCUGCCCUGGCUGCACAACAUCGAGCUGGUGGACAGCAGGCUGCUCCUCCCAGGGUCAAGCCCCAGCAGCCCGGAGGAUGAAGUCAAGGACCGGGAAGGGGAAGCGACUGCUUCUCAUGGGCUGAAAGGGAAUGGCUGGGGCUCUCCAGAAGCCACGUCGCUGGUGCUGAAUAACCUCAUGUACAUGACGGCCAAGUAUGGAGAUGAAGUUCCCGGACCAGAAAUGGAAAAUGCUUGGAACGCGCUAGCCAACAAUGAGAAAUGGAGCAACAACCUGAGGAUCGCGCUGCAGUUCCUGAUCAGCCUGUGUGGGGUCAGCAGUGACACGGUUCUCCUGCCUUACAUUAAGAAAGUGGCCAUCUACUUGUGCCGUAAUAACACCAUCCAGACCAUGGAAGAGCUCCUCUUCGAGCUGCAGCAGACCGAGCCGGUGAACCCCAUCGUGCAGCACUGCGACAACCCGCCCUUCUACCGCUUCACGGCCAGCAGCAAGGCCUCGGCCGCAGCCUCGGGAACCACGUCCAGCAGCAAUACGGUGGUGGCCGGCCAGGACAGCUUCCCAGACGCAGAGGAGAGCAAGAUACUGAAAGAAUCCGAUGAAAGAUUUAGCAAUGUCAUCAGGGCCCACACCCGCCUGGAGUCCAGAUACAGCAAUAGUUCUGGAGGGUCAUAUGACGAAGACAAAAAUGAUCCAGUCUCUCCCUACACGGGCUGGUUACUAACUGUUACAGAAACCAAACAGCCGCAGCCCUUACCCAUGCCCUGCACUGGAGGAUGCUGGGCACCCCUGGUUGACUAUCUCCCAGAGACCAUCACUCCCCGGGGGCCACUCCAUAGGUGCAACAUUGCUGUAAUUUUUAUGACUGAGAUGGUGGUGGAUCAUAGUGUAAGAGAAGAUUGGGCUCUCCAUCUACCAUUAUUACUCCAUGCUGUCUUCUUAGGUUUGGACCAUUACCGGCCUGAGGUCUUUGAACACAGCAAAAAAUUGCUUCUGCACCUCUUGAUUGCCCUCUCUUGCAACAGCAAUUUUCAUGCCAUUGCUUCUGUGCUCCUGCAGACUCGAGAGAUGGGUGAAGCUAAGACUCUAACUGUUCAGCCAGCUUACCAACCUGAAUAUCUCUAUACAGGUGGCCUUGACUUCCUGAGAGAGGAUCAGUCCUCCCCAGUGCCAGACUCAGGGCUCAGCUCCAGCUCCACCUCCUCCAGCAUCAGCCUGGGAGGCAGCAGUGGGAACCUCCCACAGAUGACACAAGAGGUGGAAGACGUGGACACGGCUGCUGAGACGGACGAGAAAGCAAACAAACUCAUUGAGUUUCUGACAACCAGGGCAUUUGGUCCGCUUUGGUGCCAUGAAGACAUCACUCCCAAAAAUCAAAAUUCAAAGAGUGCUGAACAGCUCACUAAUUUUCUACGUCAUGUUGUGUCUGUAUUUAAAGAUUCCAAAUCAGGUUUCCACCUGGAGCAACACCUGAGCGAGGUUGCCCUGCAGACGGCGCUUGCAAGCUCCUCCAGGCACUAUGCUGGCCGAUCCUUCCAGAUAUUCCGGGCCCUGAAGCAGCCUCUGUCGGCGCAUGCCUUGUCCGAUGUUCUCUCGAGGUUGGUGGAGGUGAUUGGAGAGCAUGGAGAUGAGAUUCAGGGUUAUGUAAUGGAAGCACUCCUUACUUUGGAAGCUGCUGUGGACAAUUUGUCUGACUGCUUGAAGAACAGUGAUCUCUUAACUGUAUUAUCUCGCUCUUCAUCACCAGAUUUAAGCUCCAGCACUAAACUGACAGCAAGCAGAAAGAGCACAGGACAACUAAAUGUGAACCCUGGAGCUGCCGGUGGCAGCCCCACGACCGCAGAACGCAGCCGACACCAGAGAAGCUUCUCUGUGCCCAAGAAGUUUGGUGUUGUCGACCGAUCCUCCGACCCACCUCGAAGUGCCACGCUGGACAGAAUCCAAGCUUGUACCCAGCAAGGCCUCUCCUCAAAAACCCGGAGCUCGUCCUCCUUGAAGGACAGUCUCACGGACCCAUCCCACGUGAACCAUCCAACCAACCUGUUGGCCACCAUCUUCUGGGUCACUGUAGCCCUGAUGGAGUCUGACUUUGAGUUUGAAUACCUCAUGGCCUUAAGGUUGCUGAAUAGACUGCUAGCACACAUGCCGCUGGACAAAGCCGAGAACCGAGAGAAACUCGAGAAGCUGCAGGCACAGCUCAAGUGGGCUGACUUCUCAGGGCUGCAGCAGCUGCUGCUCAAAGGCUUCACGUCUCUCACCACCACGGACCUAACCCUGCAGCUCUUCAGUCUGCUGACGCCCGUGUCCAAAGUCUCCAUGGUGGACUCAUCCCAAGCCAUUGGGUUUCCACUGAAUGUCUUGUGUCUGCUGCCCCAGCUGAUUCAGCACUUUGAAAACCCCAAUCAGUUCUGUAAGGAUGUAGCCGAAAGGAUUGCUCAGGUUUGUUUAGAAGAAAAGAACCCCAAACUUUCAAAUCUUGCACAUGUUAUGACUCUCUAUAAAACACACAGCUACACAAGGGACUGUGCCACAUGGGUCAGCGUCGUCUGCCGAUACCUUCAUGAAGCCUAUGCUGACAUUACUUUGAAUAUGGUCACCUACUUGGCAGAGCUACUGGAGAAGGGCCUCCCCAGCAUGCAGCAGCCCCUCCUGCAGGUGAUCUACAGCCUGCUCAGCUACAUGGACCUGUCCGUCGUUCCCGCCAAGCAGCUCAACGUGGAGGUGCUCAAGACGAUUGAGAAAUACGUGCAAACCGUUCACUGGCGAGAAGCUCUGAACAUCCUGAAGCUGGUGGUGUCUCGCUCUGCCAGCCUCGUGUUGCCUUCCUACCAGCACAGUGACCUCUCGAAGAUAGAAAUCCACCGAGUGUGGACCAGCGCUUCUAAAGAAUUACCUGGAAAAACCCUGGACUUCCACUUUGACAUUUCAGAGACACCGAUCAUCGGGAGGCGGUAUGAUGAACUGCAGAAUUCUUCUGGGCGUGAUGGGAAGCCCAGGGCCAUGGCUGUCACCCGGAGCGCAUCCUCCACUUCAUCAGGCUCCAACUCCAAUGUCCUUGUUCCUGUGAGCUGGAAGAGGCCCCAGUAUUCCCAGAAGAGGACUAAAGAGAAGUUGGUGCAUGUCCUUUCUCUGUGUGGCCAAGAAGUGGGAUUAAGCAAGAAUCCAUCCGUGAUUUUUUCCUCGUGUGGGGAUCUGGAUCUGCUGGAGCACCAGACGAGCCUGGUGCCCUCCGAGGACGGCGCCCGGGAGCAGGAGAACAUGGAUGACACGAACAGCGAGCAGCAGUUCCGCGUCUUCAGGGACUUCGAUUUCCUAGAUGUGGAGCUGGAAGAUGGAGAGGGGGAGAGCAUGGACAAUUUCAACUGGGGAGUGCGCAGGCGUUCUCUGGACAGCCUGGACAAGUGUGAUAUGCAGAUUCUGGAAGAGCGCCAACUCUCAGGAAGUACCCCUAGCCUGAAUAAAAUGAACCACGAGGAUUCCGAUGAGUCAUCCGAGGAGGAGGACCUCACGGCCAGCCAGAUCCUGGAGCACUCAGACCUCAUCAUGACCCUCUCGCCCUCUGAGGAGACCAACCCCAUGGAGCUGCUCAGCACCGCCUGUGACUCGACCCCCGCUGACCCUCGUUCCUUUAACACCAGAAUGGCCAGCUUUGACGCAUCUUUGCCUGAUAUGAACAAUCUGCAGAUUUCUGAGGGCUCAAAGGCUGAGGCGGUCCAGGAGGAGGAGGACACCACCGUGCAUGAGGAUGAUCUUUCCAGUUCCAUCAACGAACUGCCAGCAGCUUUUGAAUGCAGCGACAGCUUCAGCCUAGACAUGACCGAGGCAGAGGAAAAAGGCAACCGAGCCCUGGACCAGUUUACUCUUGCAAGCUUCGGAGAAGGUGACCGGGGAGUGUCUCCCCCUCCUUCACCCUUCUUCUCAGCCAUCCUUGCUGCCUUUCAGCCCACAGCCUGUGACGAUGCCGAGGAGGCCUGGCGCAGCCACAUCAACCAGCUCAUGUGCGACUCGGACGGCUCUUGUGCCGUGUACACAUUUCAUGUGUUCUCCUCUUUGUUUAAGAAUAUUCAGAAAAGGUUCUGCUUCCUAACCUGCGAUGCAGCCAGUUACCUUGGGGAUAACCUCCGGGGAAUUGGGUCCAAAUUUGUCAGCUCUUCCCAGAUGCUCACCUCCUGCUCCGAGUGCCCUACACUUUUUGUGGACGCUGAGACUCUCCUUUCUUGUGGACUUCUGGACAAGCUCAAGUUUAGUGUUUUAGAACUGCAAGAAUAUUUGGAUACCUACAACAACAGAAAAGAAGCCACUCUCUCAUGGCUUGCAAAUUGUAAGGCAACAUUUGCAGGAGGAUCAAGAGAUGGAGUAAUUACAUGUCAACCAGGGGACUCAGAGGAAAAGCAAAUGGAAUCUCUUGCACAACUAGAACUGUGCCAGAGAUUAUAUAAGCUACACUUCCAGCUGCUGUUGCUUUUUCAAUCCUACUGUAAGCUCAUCGGCCAGGUGCAUGAAGUUAGCUCCAUGCCAGAGCUGCUGAACAUGUCCAGGGAACUGAGUGAUCUAAAGAGAAACCUGAAGGAGGCCACUGCAGCCAUUGCUGCUGACCCUCUCUACAUAGAGGGAGCCUGGUCUGAGCCAACCUUCACGUCCACUGAAGCAGCCAUCCAGUCCAUGCUGGAGUGCCUGAAGAAUAAUGAACUUGGCAAAGCUUUACGGCAAAUCAGGGAAUGCAGAAGUCUGUGGCCCAACGACAUCUUUGGAAGCAGUUCUGAUGACGAGGUCCAGACACUACUGAAUAUUUAUUUCCGUCACCAAACUCUAGGACAAACGGGUACUUAUGCACUGGUGGGGUCUAACCAGAGCCUGACUGAAAUCUGCACCAAGCUGAUGGAACUGAACAUGGAGAUCCGGGACAUGAUUCGCAGGGCCCAGAGUUACCGAGUCCUCACUACUUUUCUUCCAGACUCCAGCGUUUCUGGCACUAGUCUCUGACAGGAGCCUCCCGUCCCCCAUGGGUUCCAAGCUGGCGGUGCUGCCAUGCUGGGGUGACGUCAUUCAGUGUCUUCUCAGUCUUCACAAGGCUUGGACAGACUGUUCUCCCUCUUGUUACCUGUAGGACUUUUUCUAAAGAGGAUGGCAGAACUUCCAACGUGUAGCAAUACUCCAGGAACCAAGUAACUAUAAAAUAUCCUGGGACAGACUCCAUCCAUCAUGCUGUGUGGCACAAAUGUGUUAUUUUACUGAGCAAAUACAACUCACUACUGAAGAAGUGACUUCCAUUGCAUACCAAAGCCGACUACACUGAACAAUACCUUCCUUUCUAGAAAAAAUUUUAGAUUGGCAAAAGUGCAAUGUUUUCUUCACUAAAAAAAUUUUAUAUUCUGAAACUUGUACAGUGUUUGUUUUUUCCCUUUCCUCUUUUUUUUAAUUUCCUUUUUUCUUUUUCCUUUUCUUAGUGGACUGAGAAAGGGGCAGGCAGAAUGAAGCUGGCCACUGAAAACAUAUAAGAUGGUCUAAAGCUGACAGCCUGUGUAUUUGAAAAGGGAACUGUAAAUGAACUACAAUUUAAUGUACACUGUUAUUUGAAUACAUUACUGUAUCUAAAUGGAGCUGCUAUGAAGUACCUUUUCUUAUGUUGCUAGGCUACUGUUUCUGAAGGCCCUGGAUCUCUUUGCACCAAAAAUGAUCCAGAAAGACUCUUUUUAAGGAUCUUGGCUGCUUUUUACUAGAAGGUUGCUUUUAUGAGCAUAUUUAUACUACAGAAGGAUGAGUGUUAAUUUUAAUUAACUUUACCAUUUUGUAGAGAAAAUUAAUCAAUUAUAAUUUCUAAGUCUUUUCACCUGUCACGCAUGCAUAUUUUAAUAUCCACUUGGAUAGCCAGACUAGAAUCCUAAAGAUAAAAUAUAAGUUUUCACUUUGUUUCUUAAGAAUAAUGUCAUAUUUUAUUUGUAAUUUAUGUAAAGGGCCAUUCUUAAGUUUUCUCCUUAAACCUAAUGCUGUCAAGUGUUAGAUGUGUGCAUGUGAACCUGUUACACAUCCAAAACAUAGUCAAAGUUUAUCUAUGUAACUUAUUCACUCUGUAAAUACAUUUAAAGUUUUUGUGAUGUAAUCUUGGUUGAUAUUCUGUUCAGAACUUUCUUUAGACUAAAAAAAAGGUGACAAAAUACAUGUUGACCAUGGAUUUUAUUUCUGAUUGACAUAUAUUCACAUUUUUGCAUGUGGGCUGCCACAGUGGCAACCCCAAAGGGCACUUCCAUGUGUAUUCUGUGAAUGGUACCCAUUGGACUUGUACAGUAUGUGGCCCUGUGAAGCCUGAAAUAAGUUUAAUCUCUCUGGACAUGGGCAACAAGAACCAUGACCUUCAAUCAAUUCACUCUGUAAUCAUCCAAAUUAGAAAAAUCAGAAGAGUGAGGGCUCCAAUAGUUCAUAAUCUAUCACUAGAUUAUCAGCCUUAAGAUUUUGACAUUGACUCUAUAAUGAGCAAGUAAAAGUAGGACUUUUAAUUCUGUUACUAACACCUAUCUAUUCUCCACCCCACUAGAAAAAUAGGGCCACAAAUACAUUACCUAAUUUUUACUGUCUUCCUACUCAUGUUUUACUUGGGCUAACAAAUAUCUCUUGCUUUACUAACAUAAAAUUAUCAAAUAUUAGUAAUUUUCCAGGAGUAUCAUGCAGUACAGUAUCUAAUCUGGGAUUUAUGUUGCCAUAGAGACAACUGAUAGAUUUUAAUAACUUUCUGGAGUGCUGUGAACAUCCUUCUGAUUUUUUUUCAACUUUUCAGAAAGAUGCUUCACUAUGUUGCAGACAACUGAAUCACAAUCUCUGAAAAACACCUCAAAGCUAGGUUUCUGUGGGUAACCACUAUCCCCAACUCUCAAAAGAGUUUUGUGGAAACCACAGCAGAAUGAAGCAACCAAUCAUGACUCUGAACUUUUAUAUUGUGCCCUCUUACCUAGCAAAGAACCAUGGUGAUAGCUUAGUAUUUAAAAAAAGAAGAGGGAGGGUGGUUUCAGUGGUACACUGUAAUCAGAUAUAUUAAAAUGUAGUGGCAGGUAAUAGAAGGGUUUGUCUUUUUCCUUAGUUUUAUUUUUAAAAGGAGAUAUGUGGAGUGGAUGUUAGGCACAGUGGCUAAGAUGCUGUUAGGGAUACUUGCAUCCCAUCUCAGAACGCCUGGGUUCAAAUUCCAGCUCUGCUUCUAUUCCAGCUUCCACUAACGUGAACCCUGGAAGGAGUAGGUGAUGGCUCCAGUACUGGGGUCCUUAAUACCCAUGUGGGAGACCUAGACUAAUUUCCCAGCUCCUCCUGGCUUCAGCCUGGUGCAACCCUGGCAGUUGCCAGCAUUUGGAGAGUAAAUCAGUUAAUAGAUCUCUUGAUAUCCAUCUGUCUAUCUUUUCUCACUCUACUUUAAAAAAAAUUUUUUUUUACUUAUUUGAAAAGCAGAGUUACAAAGAGAGAGAGACAGAGGCAGAGCGAAGUCUUCCAUCCACUGGUUCACUCCCCAAAUGGCCACAAUGGCCAGGGCUGGAUCAGGCCAAAGCCAGGAGUACUGGGUCAUCCUCCACUGCUUUCUCAGACACAUUAGCAGAGAGCUGAAUUGAAUUGGAGCAGCUGAGACUCAAACUGGCACCCAUAUGGGAUGCCAGUGCUGCAAACUGUGGCUUAAUCCACUAUGCCACAGUGUGGCCCCUCUCUCUGCCUUUCAAAUAAUAAACUUUUUUUUUAAAAAAAAAGAUAAUUUAUUUAAGAGGCAGAGUUACAUAGAGAGGGAGAAACAGAAAAGUCUUCCUUUUGCUGAUUCACUUCCCAAGGGCCACAAUGGUUGGAGCUGAGCCAAUCUUAAGCUAGAAGCCAGGAGCUUCUUCCAGGACUCCAAGGCGGGUACAGAGGCCCAAGUAGUUGGAUCAGCUUCCAAUGCUUUCCCAAGUCAUCUCCGAAAGCUGGAUCAGAAGCAGAGCAGGCCGGCGCCACAGCUCAAUAGGCUAAUCCUCCACCUGCAGCGCAGGCACACCGGGUUCUAGUCCCGGUCGGGGUGCCGGAUUCUGUCCCGGUUGCUCCUCUUCCAGUCCAGCUCUCUGCUGUGGCCAGGGAGUGCAGUGGAGGAUGGCCCAGGUGCUUGGGCCCUGCACCCACAUGGGAGACCAAGAGAAGCACCUGGCUCCUGCCAUCGGAUCAGCGCAGUGCGUCGGCCACAGCAUGCCGGCCACGGUGGCCAUUGGAGGGUGAACCAAUGGCAAAGGAAGACCUUUCUCUCUGUCUCUCUCACUGUCCACUCUGCCUGUCAAAAAUAAAAAAAAAAAAAAAAAGAAGAAGUGGAGCAGCCAGGAUAUCAACUGGCACCCAUAUGGGAUGCCAGCACUGUAGGCAGAUGCUUAGCCCACUAUACCACAGCACUAGCCCAAUAAAGAUUUUUAAAAAGGACACUUGUAAUAUGAAAGGCUUCUAGUAUUCCUCUCUUUCUUCACAUCACUCUUGAGUCUAUAUGGGAAAAUUGUAUAGGAAAGCAGCCCCACCCCAGCAGAUCCCAGCACGAACUUUAGAUCCACCAAUCUCCUUGGCUGUUUUGCAGUGCCUGUUACUGAAGCAUUCAUUUUCACUGCCUUCCCCACAUGGAUACAGAAAAGCAAAGGAACCAAAUGAGAGAACAGACACACAACAGAGGCUUCAGAAAAAAAGAGAAACGUCACUCUGUCUCAGUGCUAUCACCAGGACAUGAUACAUUCCUCAUUCACGGGCAUGGUAAAAUGAUCCAGAAAGGUGCUUUGUAACUUACACAUAACUUGAUGACGAUUACAAUCUCCAAAUAGUGUUUUAGAAAAGUCAACCCUCCCCGCCCCCCCCC